AUGGCUAUAGAAACCAAACAAUCCUUAACAGCUCAAAUAGCAGCUAUACUUUCCUCAGACAAGAACAACAAAUCUGCUGAGAAACUUAACCCUCCAACAACACCCGAAAACCAUCACAAGGGAGAUGGAAAUUACUCAAUAGUCAAACUGUCACAAGAUGAACUCCUUGUCGAGUUCCAAGAGGGCUCACCAGAAAGUCCACCAAACUGGGCAUUUAACAAAAAGUUCUACAACGCGGUCGUGGCCCUAUUCGUGGUUCUCAAUAGCGGCAUAUCAUCUGCACUUCCCAGUAAUGCAGUCCCCACUAUCAUGCAUGAUUUCGACCAGUCCGGAGGCUCGCAAAAGGUAUUACCCACAGCUGUAUUUCUCAUCGGCUAUGUGCUUGGACCUCUUGUUUUCAGUCCAUUGAGCGAGACCAUUGGGCGGAAACCGGUGCUUGUGUGGUCAUUUACUAUUUUUGUCUUGGCCACACUUGGAUGUGCUUUUGCACCAAAUUGGCCUGCUCUUCUUGUCUUUCGGUCGAUUUGCGGCCUAAUGGGCGCUGCGCCUCAGACUGUUAUUGGUGGUGUCUAUGCAGAUUUGUUUGUGGAUCUGCGGAGUCGGGGUCGGGCUAUGGCAUCGUAUAUGUCGGCUGCGAGCUUUGGCCCGAUAAUAGGGCCUAUCAUCUCUGGGUGCUCUGUCAAGUAUGGUUGGCGAUGGACCUUUCGUAUUGACUUGAUCUUGACCGGCACUACUUGGUUGGCUCUUUUAUUCAUGUCGGAAACAUUCACGCCAUUCCUUCUGAAACAGAAGGCCGCUAAACUAAGAAAAGAAUCGGGCUUCAAUGGGUACUUCACAAGACAAGAGCUUAACUUGGACUCAAGAUUUACGACUAUGGAGAUUAUAACUCGUCCUAUCACGAUGCUUAUUACCGAGCCUAUUAUCCAGUCUACUGCCAUCUACAUCUCUCUUGCAUAUAGUCUGGUCUUCUUCUACUUCCAGGCAUAUCCGAUUAUUUUCCAAGGUGUCUAUGGGUUUGACGUGGAGAAAACAUCUUUAACAUACAUUCCAAUUGGCAUCGGAGCCGCAUCCUCGGGCAUCGUAACUCUCUACUAUGACACAAUUUAUGAGAAAGCCAAAAAGCAAGGGAAAGAAUGGACCUCCAGCCCCGAGCUCCAUCGACUGCCAAUGUCUUUCAUCGCCGGUCCAUGUAUUGUAGUCAGCAUGUUCUGGCUCGCAUGGACAGCAAAGCCAAACAUUCACUGGGCCGUGCCUGUGAUGUCCGGCUUGGUCUUCGGAUUCGGAUAUCAAAUCAUCUUCAUCUCGCUUCUGACAUAUGUCACCGAUGCUUACGGAAUUUACUCGGCCAGUGCAUUAGCGGCUUCCGUCAUUGUGAGGAGCAUUGCCGGUGCACUGUUCCCGCUGGCUGCAGAUCCGCUUUACAAGUCACUUGGAGUGUCAUGGGCUACUACUCUACUUGGAUUUAUUAGUCUGGCUUGCAUUCCUAUUCCGUUUGCUCUUUUGCAUUGGGGUCCGUGGAUUCGAAAGAGAAGUCCCUUCUGUCAACGUCUUCUCAAGGAUAAGCUGAAAGCAAGUGGAUCGAGUACGCCGGUGGAAGUGGAAGUAUGA